CAUCGCUUGCAUUAGAGCGCUCGUCCUUAUUUAAUAUUACAACAUGUCUGGUCGUGGUAAAGGAGGCAAAGUCAAGGGAAAGUCAAAGACCCGUUCCAGCAGAGCCGGACUUCAAUUCCCCGUUGGUCGCAUCCAUCGAAUGCUUCGCAAGGGAUCGUACGCUGAACGUGUCGGUGCCGGUGCCCCUGUUUAUUUGGCUGCUGUUAUGGAGUACUUGGCCGCUGAAGUUCUUGAAUUGGCCGGUAACGCAGCUCGUGACAACAAGAAGACUCGUAUCAUCCCUCGCCACUUGCAAUUGGCCAUCCGCAACGACGAAGAGUUGAACAAACUUCUAUCAGGUGUCACUAUUGCUCAAGGUGGUGUUCUGCCCAACAUCCAGGCCGUUCUCCUGCCCAAGAAGACCGAUAAACCCGCCAAGGCUUAAGUCUUUCCUCGUCAUUAAAACAACCGGCCCUUUUUAGGGCCACCACAAGUUACUGAAUUGACGGUCUGCUGCCGUACUAUCUUCAUCUUUUAAACUAAUUUGAAAGAAAUUCUUGUAGCAAGUGAUUUGAAACUGAGUUUCAUGGUGUCAAAUAUUUUAAAAGUUUCAUUGGAUAAAAUGUAUAGUACAAUUUUAAUAUAGUUGUGAGAGAAAG